CUUGAGAAUCUUGGCUCCGUAUUCCGUAGAUCUGUCUGAUAAUUUGAUAACUUAUUACCAUUGCUAUAUGCUGUUAUAGCUCUCCAACCAUGUCGGAACCUACCGAGGAAUGCUACGGUCAAUUGUGCUGGCUCGCUAUCCCAGUCAUAAACAUCGAAAGGGCCAGUGCCUUUUAUGCCGAAGUCUUCGGCUGGGAGAUCAGCCCCAACGGCGUUCCUCACGGGCGGCCCGGCGUCAAGGAACUCUACUUUUUCAACCGUGGCAAGGCCCUGAAUGGCGCCUUUUACGUGAUGGAGGAUGGAUACCACGUCAUCAACCACUCGAUAGGCUCUCACGAUGCCUUUUCCGUUCACCCGAGCUUCAACGUCAAGAAUUGCAAGGAAACACUUGAGCUGGUAACGAAGCUCGGCGGAAAGACGCAGCUACACAAGACGGAACUUGGCGAGAACAUGGGGCACUAUGCUCGGUUCAUCGACACUGAGGAUAAUUUGAUCGGGAUCUGGUCCAAAAUCUGACUCGGGGUGGAGUGGCAGAUGCUCCUUGGGUUUCCUGUCCCAUGAACUAGUGUUUCUGAUGCUCUUUUAUUCCGCCGAGCAGAGCCAAUACUAUUUCUCGUUGAUGGAAAAAUAGGACCAUAAGUUCUUGAAAGAUGUUCCAGCCUUUCCUUUGUUACUCUGCCUUGUUCAAAAUAUGCCCGCAAUAGUCAAUACUGUUCCUCCACU